CACCCAGAGUGCAGGACUGAGCCCAUUGGCUUCCCGUGUGUCUUCGCCAGGAGAGGCAUCGCCUGCCUCUUUACUCAAUAAUUAUUGUGUCAGGUCGGAAGCGUCUCUGAUCCAGACCAGCUCAUCCCUCUGGAGGUGAACCUGCACCGCCGAGCCUCGAUCCUGUACCUGCGGAAAUGGGCAACAGCAAAGCUUCAGCGCUGCUCUCACUCCUCGGUGUCAUGCUGCUCUGGCCGUAUGUACGUACCAAGAGUGUCUCAUCCAGACUGCAAACUGCAGACAGCGCCUCUCUACCUGCAGGGCAGGGAGAGGAGCGCCCUCAUGUGGUGAAGCGGUCAACGCAGAGCUGCGACAGCAAGUUUGACACCUACUGCCUGAACAAUGGCCAGUGCAUGCUGCUGGUGGACAUGAACGAGCACCACUGCAAGUGUGAGAGGGGUUUUUAUGGCCCCAGGUGUGCCCACCCAGAGCUUGUCGUGCAGCGAAUGGGAGAUGAGCAGAUAAUUGUAACCAUUUUCUGUGUGAGUCUGCUGAUUAUAGGUCUGGCUGGAGUUCUGUACUUCUGCUGCAAAUGGUAUAAGAAAAAGGGAUUGCGACGUCAUCAGAAGCAGCAGGGUUACAGAGGAGUCCAGAUUGUGUAAAGUGUCACACACACGCCCCCACAAGGAUUUUCUCCAGUUUUCUAAUUGAAAAUUUCAACACAUCAUGACGUGACCUGACUCGCUACAUUGGCCUACACUCAGUGGCUGGUUUCCUGGACUGUGCCUGCUCACAGUAUUGUAUGUCACAAGGCUUUGUAUCACUUUAUCAAGCGCGCAGAUCGCCACAUAGAGAUUAAAAGAAUCAGCUUUUUGUGCAUUGGCUCUAAUGUUUCAUACCCUCAUGUAUGAAAAGAUAAAUAGUGAGACACACAAAAGCAGUUUUCACCCAUAAUGACAGUGUGUCAUGGAAAAGGAACCAAUAAGAGGGGUAAGAGUGGACCAGUGAAACUGUUUCUGAUCCCACGCAGUGAACCGUGCUUUCAGAAAUUCUGGCCUGGGUCCAUAAAGCUCCUUGUGCUGCUUCCCAGUUAAAGAGCCACAGUUUAGAUCCAGAUUUUCAAUGAUCGUAAUCAUAUCGUCAUGCUUUGCUUUCUUCACGUGAGACUCAAUGUGAGAUUUCAGGAUUUCAAAGAGCUCAUCUUGAGCAAGUUUUCGGAUCUUGUAACGUCUGAGACAAAAAUGAAACUGAUUGAAAGUGAAAACUGAUGAAGUUUAGCUGCCUUCCCUCUUCUCAAUUACUUGCUCAAGCACCGAUUUACACAGUUUUUAUCAUUUGUUAAACCUUGUUUCUAAGUUAUAGCUAGUAUUUCUGCCUUGUUUAGCCUUUAUUUAUUGUUGCUUUUUUCUUUACUUAUGACAAAUAUUAAGAAUUAUCCGAUGUUGUCGUUAUCACUGGCCACUGAGUGUAACCAUUCUGUUUUUUAUUAUUUGAAUCUUCGUUUAGUCAGAAAGUAUUCUCAUUUUGCUAAUUUAUUUGAAAGUAUUAAUUUAUACACUGGAAGUGCUGUUACUGCUACAAACAUGAAUACAGCUUGAAUUUUUUUUUGUACCGUCCUGUAUGAAUUUGUUUUCAUGCCUCCUGUUCGUUCUUCAUCGCUGUGUGAAGGGCACAGCUGAGAGUCUUCUCAUUCUUCUCAAGUCUCUGUGCAGUUUUCACAUUUUUCCUCCAUGUGAUCAAAGUGAUCAAAUAUCUCUCCGUACCACACAGUUGAUCACAAUCUGCUGCACAAUGACUGUAAUUUUUUUAUAUGACAUUUUUGCAAUAGUAGUAUUAGCUGUACAAACAUGUUUUAUUAAAUAUAAAUUAAAGCAAAUGCAUUUCAAAUGUG